CAUGAAAAGGUGCUUUAUAAAAUGCCAGGAUUAUUAGUAGUAGUGAUAACAGUUUCACAAGGAUGUGGCCGAAAUACUAAUAAGGGGGGAGGAAAAAAGAAAGUGGAUUGGAGCUGGUUUCUGGAACGAACCAGAUCAGAAAGCUGUACAAAUCAGAUGGUGGAACUCCCCCCAUCUAGUGGUGAGAGGAAGAGGAGAAGAGAGAGAAAGAGGGAGGAGGAAAAGCGAGAUGUAAUUUGACACUGAGUUCUGGAAACCAUAGACACGACUUUUACACAGUGAAGUGAACGUCAGGCGGGGCCGUAGCCCAACAGAACAAGGGGGGAAAAAAGAGCCAUAACGUAACAGGCCCCAAUAAACAUCCUUUGCUUUGUGAACAUGUUUUCCUCCCCAGCAUUAGUUACAGCAGCAGCAGCCGGAGGAGGAGGGAGCGCAGUGUGUGUGUUUGCGGUGUUGCUGGCUGUGCUGUGCGAGCUCCCUUCCACCCUGGCUGCUGACACCUCCAUUCCCUUUGUCCAGCCCCAAUCCUGCAGCGAUUCCCAGUUUUACCAGACUUCCCAGCUCCGGUGCUCCCCGUGUGGGGCUAACCAGGAGCGAGGCCCUGAUGGCCUGCGCUGUGUCUGCGGGGACGGAUACACCACAAACGAUACAGUAUCACCCGUGGCUCAGUGCACUCCGUGCAGCCGAGAGGGAAAGGUCGUGUCUCUGGAUGGCCGGAACUGCUUGACGUGCAUAGGCGGAGACUGCAGGUUGUGUGGAGACAACCAAGUGAGAGAGGAGCAUUUGACCUCGAGGACGGCCAGGUGUAUGAACUGUGGGAACAAUACUGUGCCAAACGCUCUGGGGAAUGCGUGUGUUCCUUGUCAGGAAACCUUCCUGUUGACUACAGGCAGCUGCACCUGUCCGGCUGGUAACCUGAGAGGAGGCUUGUGUUUUGGAAACACCCAAUUGCCGCCCACAGAGUUGCCCGUCCCUGACUCUUUCUGGUACGGAAGGCACCUCCACGCAAGUUACCUGGCGUGCUCAAACCCAAGCUACAAGAAUCAGACUGCGUGCCAGCUGCUCACUAACCUGGUUGUGCUGCAUGUCAACUCAUUGGAGAGGAGCAAGGCGUUCGUCCUGUACAGUGCAGUCGCCCCCUCUACCAAGCACCUUCCCAAACUGUUCUACGUGGACAGCAAUUUGGCAGCCACGCUGGGACAGACAGCACCCAGUGGGCUCUCCUUCCAGAAGGACUCUCAGAUCGCCCUGAAAAUUGUGAAGUACGACGCCCGAGGGAAUUUUUUGGGCUGGGAGGAUGUCACGGGUGGCACGUUACAGCUGUGCCCGGGUGCUCAACAUGUACAAGAUGCUGCGUACAGAUUUGGCUCUUUCUAUCUGCAGUCUUGCACGAUCCGAGUUUCAGAGCUGCUCAGCCGAUUCCCAGAGCCGGUCCUUUACGAGCUCUUUCUUCAGUACAGCGACUCCCAAGGACGGAUGAAGGUUUGGCCGAUCCCCGUACGUAGCCUGAACCUCGACAGGGAUGGCUUUGGGACUGGAGCUUUGCGGAGAUUCUUCCUGGUGGACGGGAUGACGGGGAGGAGUCGGAGCCUGAGCGACUCACCCAGUUCCGUGACAUACGCGAAGGAGCUUAUACUGAGGAGCUACCUGCCAACCAGCGAGCCAUCCAGCCAACCUCCAUUUCUGUUGACCAUUCAGUAUGCUCAGAUACAGGACCUCAGUGCACAAACUCAGGUGACAUUUUCCGUGACGUACGACAUGAAGCAGUCCACACGCAAGCGAGACACUGACGUGGCUAUGGGCGUGCUGGGAUCACUGGCCAUUUUCAGCGCCAUGCUGGAGACCAGUAGCUGGAGGCGCAGGACGGGGCUGCAGUUCAUAGACGUCACGACAAUUAUGAAAUACUUUGCAUGCCUGGCAGGGGCUCUCUCCAAUGCCUUCUUCCUCGUCUCGUACGGUACAGGAAUUUAUUGGCUCGUUGUGUAUAAGGGCCAGCAGUCCACAGUUGAGGUGACUCUACCCCCUGUUGGCGGUCAGAUCGAAACCGACUUCAUCAUCUACGUGUCUUGUGCGUUUGGACUCAAGGCACUGGAGUUAAUUCAUAUCCUUAUCGUUCAGAUGACAAUUUCAAUCUUCCUAAUAGACUGGGAGAAGCCAAAAGGCAGGCAGUUACCUAAAUCAGGAGGAAACCAGCCAAACAACUCGUCAGUCAGUAUUUGGAGAACCUACUUCAUAGCCAAUGAAUGGAACGAGAUCCAAACUAAGAGGAAGAUAAACCCAUUCCUACAACUCUUUGCUGUUAUACUCUUGCUAGAGGUUAUCGGCUUGAAGAACAUCGCGAGGAGAGACCUGCAUUUGGACCUGGACCCGGGGCCCGACGUGAGCCUGGCUCCCUGGAGCCCGAUUCUCCGAUACGGGAUAGGAGUUUCCAUGUGGUUGGCCGUUGGCUUAGUUCAGGUGCUGUUCUUUGUCGCCAUCUACGAGCGAUUUGUCGAAAACAAGAUACAGCAAUUUGUGGACCUGUGUUCCGUGAGCAAUGUGUCGGUCUUCGUCUUAUUGUACAGAUGUUACGGCUAUUACAUCCACGGCCGCUCUGUCCACGGACAGACCGAUGUUGGUCUGGAGAACAUGUACCUGAACCUCAGGAAAGAAGAGGAAAACCUGUGUGGGAUGAGAGGCCUGGAGCCCAACGCAGACGUUCAGACCUUUGAGAUUUUACUUUCUAACAAGGUCAGGCAACAGUACGACAGGAUUCUGGCUCCUUUGCAAGAGGUGGCGAGGAUUAACCGAGGCCUGGGUGGGGAUUCAGAGUCUCUGCAGCAAAACCUGAAAGCGUACAGCACCAUGAAUAAGUUUCUUUCAUCCUUCCUGGACCACGCCUACAAAGACAUGGACUACACAGUGAGAGAUAAACUCUUUCUGGAGAGGAUCCUGGACUUCGAAUUUCAGCAAUCAGAAGACAGAAGUUUUUUCUACAAUGAUGAACGAAACCUCUUCAGUAACGCUAUCUACUACGGCCACGAACUGGUUCUUCUCCUCUUUGAUGCUCUGCUCUUCUCAGUCGUGGACCUGGGUACCCAGAACUAUGUCCUGGCAGCGAUCAUCACUUACAUUGUACAGAAGCUUCUGGAAUUGAUCAGAGAGAUGGUGGCGAGGAGGAACUUGGCUGUGAAGACACUGGUCGAUAAAAGGUUCCUCAUCUAGAGCUUCGCUCCAUCCUUUCUCCGCAAGAGACCGUAGUGCAGAGUAUCAGAGGCAGUACAUUGCCACUGCAUUCCCGGGAAAGUAGGUUCAAUAGGCACCGAGAGCUAAUGAAACCAGUUGGUAUUCGGCUUCAGGAUUUGUUGAAGGCAAAUCGAGCCAGUGAUGGAGCUAGUUAAUACAGCCAACUGGACUGGGCACAUGGAUUUGCUGGUGGAAA